CACGAGUAAACUUGUGGGGGUAGGUUUUCUGUUUUGUUCGCAAAUAAUUAUGUAUGUUACUUGACAAUCAUUAUUCGAACGUGUGUAUUACUUUAAUUAAACGGGGUUAACUAUCAUUUUGGAUUGCGCAUGAAUGAUCAACCGACAAGUGCCGAAAUAAAAAAGAAUCGAACAUUGUGGUUAUAAAGAGUGUGUGGCUAACUCCUUUCCAAGAAGGUGUACGUUGCUUGUUCGCACGAGACGAGCCUCAGUCCGUUCGAUUAAGGUAGUCAGUCACUGUGAAUCCGGUUUCACAAAAGUUGCGAUCAAUAACUCAUUGUUUCGGUCCUCUGAGCAAUAUGUCUUGAUUGGGCAUACGAAUAUACAUAGUUCAAAUGUCACGUGCGUUGACAAGCGAGAAUUGAACCGAUAACCAAAUUUACAGCUCUUACUGCUCGAUGUCUAAAUGUUAAUAAUUGAAGUAUUCGUACUAGAGCUGUUGAUUUGAGAUAUCCGGUUGCCUGGAUACCUAUGAGAUACCUGUGUAGACAUAAACUAUCCUGUUACCCAAAUAUCCAUCAGGUACCCUAAUAAAUAAGAUAGUCGAGAUCUUGAUUUGGAGGCCAAUUAUCUUCGACUAACAUCGCUAAUGAACUGAAUGAACCGCAAUUGAAUAUUGAACCAUAAAUAUAUUUAUUAUUUUCUUAUCCAUUAAAGAGACAUUUUGUUAAUUAUAUCUUUGGAGGAAUUUACUCAUCGAAAAUAUUAGCUACAUAGGAGUGUCCACUGUUUACCGUUUCCUUUCUGAUUUGUGGGAACUCCUUAUGUACAUACGAUAACUUCGUCUGACGUCGGGUUAGAUAAUACUUCAUAGAUUAACCUCUGUUGCGGCGGAAUGAAGUAUGCAGACCUCUUUAUCGAAACAAGCAAUCGGUUGCAUCGGAAAGUGCACUUCCGGUCUGAAUCCUGAAGAAUUAGACCAGAUCACGGAUAAUAUAAAUAAGACAUUGGUGCAUCCACAAGGAAGAGAAAUUUUUAAGAAGUAUUUAGUGCAACGAGACCUCAGGGAUAAUCUUGAGUGUUUAGAGCUGUACGAAACUUGCUGCGACUUUAUCGACCAGGAAAAAAGUUGUUCACACUCGAAAAAGGAAUCCUCCUUGGAGUCGUUAAUUGAAAAUGUCACACGAGUCAAGGAAAUGGCGGAAGACUUGGAUGGGGUGCCUCAGAUAGAUAUGGCCCUUCUGGAGCGUUUCAACGAGGCUUUAAAUAGUGACUCGAGAACAGCUUUACUUGGCGUUUUGGUGGAUACCAGGGAUCGUUCUCGGGAUCAUUUGAGACGCGCUCACGAAGGUUUCAAGAAAUAUGCGUCCGAGCCCUGUCCUAUGACUAAAUAAACGUCCCUUUUCUACGUUUCAACAUUUUUUUACAUAAUCAUUGUCGCAAGUACUAUUAUGACUUGUACAAAUGUUAAACCAUUUCUCUUGGUUUGUGUUGUUCAUUUUUGAAAUGCGACUUAUAAUGUUGCUUAAACCUGUAAUAAUUAACGUGCUGAGCACGUUGUACGUAUCAGUGUAUAAGUCCUGUGAUGUUUAACAAUCACCAAUUUGUAUUUAUUUAUAUGAUACACGUAAUUUAAUAAAAAAAAGAAGAAUGUAAAUCGAA